CUACACUGUUGUUUGUUUUGUUUCCGCGUAGGAUCAAUCUGAUAUUGUCCUUAGAAUUUAAGACGUUCAUAGAGAUUACAGCGAAAUUCUGUGCCUUAGAAGUCUGUGAAAUUAUUCAGUGCUUUUAGAUUUCACCCAUAAACAUGGAAUCAGAAUAUGUAAUAGAAGGCAAUGCAAGGAUCAUCGCAAAAAAUAUGCCAAAUUCUAGUGCGUCAAAAUGUAUUUGUUAUAGACCGCAUUCCAACAUUAUAUGCAAUGGCUGUGGAUUUUGGACAAAAGGCAGAGUAAGAUAUUGUUGUCCUGAACAUCCAAAGAUUGUUUUUCUAUAUGAUUAUGCUCAAUGUCCACGCUGUAAAAGUUACGAUUUCAUGCUCACAGAGAUCUAAACAAACAUUCCAUUUCUAUCAGGCUAAUUAGAGUUAUAGGUUUGUUAAAGAUAAAUAUAUAUAGAUAAGUUUCAAUAGUUACCAAAAACUAUUCACUUUAAGUAAGUUUACAAAGUUUAAUAAUAUAGUAGUUAAUAUAGCACAUAGGUAUAGUACUCAGUUAAUAUAGAUAAUAUAACAUCU